CGAGGGAUGUGAACGAAGCGCCGACACGAGGGAGCAGACGACGCCGGCUUGAAGAGAGAGUAAUGCUGUUUGCAAGUUUUGCUGCUCGAAAAUCAACGAAUUUCUCCCAUGUUUAGUACAAAGGUUUCUAAGAUUAUCGUUGGAUGGGUCAGUGUCAUAACCUUGGGUGUUGGUGGAUUUAUACUCACCAAAUCAGUUGUUGAUGCUCAGCGGAGAGAGGCUAUGAAAAUUCGAGAUCGCAUGAGAAACGCAAACACUGGAGAGUACGAAGCCAAGAGAAGUUUCACAGGAUAAAGAAACGGCGACUUCUAUCAGUGAAAUCCAUCGGAUAGUUUUCCUGCUACACAGCUCUCUGAUAUAAGGCUGAAAAGCAAAGCCAAAGUUUUGUUUAUCUGCGACUAACAAAAACUUAAAAAAUGGCUGGUCUACCGGCUCUGAAUGAUGACCAGAUGAAGCUGGUCCAAGACCUGGAGAUAGAAAUGAUGUCUGACAUGUACACGAGAAUGACAAACUCGUGUCAUAAAAAAUGCAUUCCAACGAAGUACAAGGAUUCUGAAAUAGCAAAGGGAGAAGCUGUGUGUAUUGACAGAUGCGUGGCAAAAUACUGGGAAAUCCACGAACGAGUGGGUAAAAAGCUCCAGAACAUGUCAACUCAAGACGAAGAGGCUUUGAAAAAGAUGGCGGCACAACAGGGUCUUGUAAAAUAACAUUUCUAAAUAGUAUAAACUGAAUUUUGUAUAGUGUUGCAGUCAAGUUAAAUCAGGGCAUUUAUAAUAGGUUAAAAAUUUAAAACAUUGUGAUCAUUAUUAUUAUUUUUUUUAUACAUUUUGAUCAAUAUUUGUAUUCAUAACUUGUCUUUUGUUUUAUAAAUGCAUUAGAACAAAAAUUAACUUGGUUUAUAUCCAUAGAUGUAGUGUACAGUACAGUGUUUAAAAUUAUCUGAAAUAAGAUUGGUUUAAAGCUGGGGAGCAAUUUUAAUAAAAGAGGUAAUGGACACUUAAAAGCCUUUGUAAAUAAAGCUUUAUAGACAUGAUUUAUUGUAUUAAUUGAUCUGAAUACAUGUUUAUUUUCUUGCAUAGAAGUGCUGAGAAUAAUCAAAGGAUGCUGUACUUGAUAGCUGGUGGUUAUUGCAGCUUCCAGCUUUGUACUGAUGUCAAAAUAGUUUUUCAUGGAACUAUAUAAAACUUAAUAAUGAAAAGGAUUUAAAAAGCAGUAUGUUCCACCAGUAUUUGGCAAGGUGAGGAAAAUGUAGAGUAAUAAAAGAUGGUUUUGGA